UGUGGCAGUUGUUCAUUCUGAGCCAAACAAUUAGUUCCAUUGAUUUUAAAUAAAGUUCUUUUAAAUUACUCUUUACAAAUUUGGAAGUUAAGAACCAGCAUGACAGAACAAUUUUCGAGCUUGCUGAAUAGCACCCUUGACACCAUGGGUUACUCAAUAGAAAAUAUAUCGCUUAGAGCUCAGUUAUCGAAGACAGUUUUAAGAAUGUGCAGCGAAAAAUGUACUGAACAUUUUGGCCUAAAACUACUCUCUGCAGGAAGCAAAGCAGAAGGUGUUUCACUAAUUUUCGCCAGUGAUGAGGACGCUAUGCUGGUAUAUACUGAUUGCAUUUGUGUUGAUUUUGGUGACAUCGAAAACGGCAUAUAUGUUAUUCGAAAACACUUGGACGACUCACCACCAGGAUAUAUCAAGUUACGACCGCUGGGUGCGCAGAAUGAAACACUGUUGCCAUUGAAUUUAUUCUCAAUGUAUGUACCUAACUUAGGCAUUGUUUUGUUAUCAAGCAUGUGCUUCCGAAAUUAUUUAACUUUGAUAUACAGUAAAAUCAUCCCCUACUUGGGUAUGGUAACAAAAGUAUCAAAAGUUAGUGGACCAGCAUUAGCUUUGACGUUAAACCGUUGUUUUUUGGACGAUGUGUAUUCAGCAGAUGGUGAUGCUGACAUUGUCCCAGCCUUACCUUACUAUUCGUCCUCAAUCCUAGAACAGUGGAAAGAACGUAGGCGGUUGUAUCAAUGGCCCUCUUCUGAAACCAUAAAAGACGUAUCAUCUACAGAGGGAUAUGUUGUUCCCGUUGGACACAAGCAGAGUGAGGAACAGAAUUUCGAGUGGAGAGUGUGCUACACGACCGGGGAACAGAAACUUUUAGGCAGCUUGAAUGAGGUUCAGAUGAAACUUUAUGUUUUGCUUAAAAUGAUAAACACGUCUAUAAUCAAAGCUAGUGUGGACUGCGUCAGUUCAUAUAUGAUUAAAAAUAUUGUCAUGUGGGUUUCAGAAAAUUGUCGCACUGGCAUAUUCACACCAAACAAUCUUUCGCGUUUAGUACUCCAAAGCUUGGCAUUUUAAAGACAUUGUCUUCUUUACAGUAACUUCCUUCCAAAUUAUAUGAUUGCUGACAGGAAUCUAUUAUUUGGUAAGGUUGAUGCUCAAGAAAGACUCACACUCGGGAAUAUCAUAGAAGAAUUAUUACAUGAUGGAGAGCUUUUAUUUCUCAGGUGCGAAAAGCUAAAAAAUGCCAUGUUCAUUAUGUGUGAAAAUCCUACACUCGCACUGAGAUUUCGGGCAUGGAGAAACGAAAUUGAAGAACUCUUCCUAUUGAUACGUGUAAAAGCCUUUUCAAAAAUUAAACACAACAUGUUGUUCAAGCCGAACCUCUUGUGCGAGCUAGGCUACGAAUAUCUUAAAGACGAAUCAUUUGUGGAAACAACUAUUAGACUAUUAAAUUUGUUGUCAGUUGAUGUUAGGACAGCGUUCGGAAAUGGAUUUCAAAGCUAUGAUGACAUUGAUAAUUGGCUUAGCAGAUUGUUUUCAUAAUCUCAGCAGUUUAUAAAAGAAACUGUUAUGGCAUGCAUACAGUUACAUGAAAAUCUAGGAGGACACUUGAACAAUCAAUUGUAAUAAGCCAUCUACAAAAUGUAUGACAUUGAACAUCCACUGUUAUAAUAGUGUGAUCAGCCAGUUCCUCACAAUCAUAUUUAUUACGUUUAUUCAAAUAUCUAUCAACUUAAAUUAAGAUAAUUUUCACUUUAUAUGACGUGUUAUUUGGAUGGAGUGAAUUUAUAUCAUAUAAGUUGUCAAGUUGUUGGCCGAGAUCUUUGAAUCGGUUUUGUUAUCUGUACGUUUUGGAGCUGACGGUACAUAAAAAUAUACGAAUAUAUUUAUUUUCAAAUUACAAAGUGAAAUUAUCAAGGAACUGUGACAUAGAUGUAAGAAUUAAAUCAACUGUUUUAAUUCUGAUUUCACGAAUUACUUGAAAACACGAAUUAAAAUAACUCUGCGUGUAAGAUUCUACAUAUGACAACAAUAAAUUAUAUCUUUUGAAUUUGAAAAGU